UAUAAAAAGUGUUCAUCACGUAAUCAUAAAUGUAGCAUACGUACACAUAAACAUACACGUAUACAUAGCAAUAUUUAUAUCCUUUCAUAAUGCUCGCAUUGUGGCCCAAUGGUGAUAAUGGUUAUGGCUAUCAUACUACCGCUGAAGAGGUCACCAAAGACAAAGAUCUUACAGGAAAGACUUACGUGAUUACUGGUAUCAAUUCGGGUCUUGGUCAGGAAUGUGGUCGGGUGCUCGCUCUGCGUAAUGCUAAUGUGAUUGGCCUAGCACGCACUGAGGAGAAGGCUAAGGAGGGCAUGCAGGAGUGGACAGGAACAGGUGACAAGAUCCCUGUGGUGUGUGAGUUGGGAGAGCCCGAAGUAAUCAAGCAGGCUGUUAAGGACAUCAAAGCCACCGGCAAGAAAAUAGACGCGGUGAUUGCAAACGCAGGUAUCAUGGCUUUGCCCAAACUAGAACUUCAACACGGGUACGAGAAACAGUUCUUCUGCAAUCAUGUAGGGCACUUCAUUCUGAUAACUGGACUAUUGGACAGUUUGACUGAUGACGGUCGUGUGAUCACACUCAGUAGUCUAGCACACAAGCAAGCCCCGAAGGGAGGCAUUGCAUUCGAUAACCUGGAUGGAUCUAAAGGUUACAGUGAUUGGACCUUUUAUGGUCAGUCGAAAAUGGCACCCCUCCUCAUGGCCAAGUCUCUGGCACAUAAGUUCGAGGGGACCAAAAAGACGGCCUACUCGUGCCACCCGGGGGUCAUCAAUACAAAUCUUUCAAGGCACAUGAACCCCAUUCUGCGAGGGUUGACAGGCUUUUUCGGACCGCUGUUCCUCAAGACCAUCCCGGAGGGUGCGGCUACACAGACGUAUCUCGCAACUUCCGAUGACAUUCAGGACAAAAGUGGCCUGUACUUUGCAGAUUGUAAUGUCCAGGGCGAGCGUGCGGAUGGCUCGGACAUGGCCACUGCCGAGAAACUGUGGGCUAAGACGGAAGAAAUUGUAGCCGCCUCUAAUUAAAGCACGUGAGGCAAUAAAAGUUUGAUUUUUCCCGUGAUAACCCCCACCCUUAAGCAAGGGUUCAUAUGCUGUAUCUUAUUUUUGUGAAACAUGGGGAAAUGCAUGGAUACCACUAAUAGUGGGACCUACACACAGCCUUGCAGCAGAGGAGGUUUUCUGGAUACUACAACUACUACUGAGGAGGUGUAUACGUAGACUUGCAACUAUGGGAGAUGUAUACUCUACUUUAUCCUAUAUACUCGAGUCCCUACACGGGUGCAGGUGCGGUAAGAGAAUUCGUGCACACAGAAUACCAGGUAAUAAUUCGGGCUCGCGUACAGGCACAUAUGCGGCAAAGAUCCAAUUCAUAUAAAGAUUUUUUAAUUGUCACGGGCAUAGUUGCGGAAACAAGCCAGCCGCAUGCAGGAUACGAGCGUGUAAGCAGGCGUACAACCCCACUAGCACACA